GCAGCAAUGGUAUACAUCGUUGCGUGAAAUGUUCCUAAGAAAUAACCAAAAACUUCCUAUACAUCACUGUAUACUUUUCCACGUGUAUUUGUCAACCUCGAGCUCCGAAAAUAUUAACAAAUAUAAAUUAGUAAUAAUGGUUCGAAAGUUGAAAUAUCAUGAGCAAAAGCUCCUGAAGAAGGUGGACUUUAUUUCCUGGCAAGCAGAUAAGAACCUUCAUGAAGUGAAGAUCCUCAAACGCUUCAGAAUACAGAAACGUGAGGAUUAUACAAAGUAUAACAAGUUAGCCAGACACAUUCGUGAGUUGGCAAGGAAGAUUAAAGACAUUGACCCGGAACAUCCCUUUCGCAUAGAACAAAGUGCUCUUCUUUUAGAAAAACUUUACAUGAUGGGCUUGAUCCCUACAAAAUGGGAUUUAAUGUUAUGUCAAAAAAUUACAGCUAGUUCGUUUUGUAAAAGACGAUUACCUGUUAUUAUGGUCAGAAAUAAAAUGAGUCAAACUGUCAAAAUGGCUACGCAACUCAUAGAACAAGGUCAUGUACGGGUUGGCGCAGAAGUUAUAAAAGAUCCAGCAUUUUUAGUAACUAGGAACUUACAAGACUUUGUCACUUGGGUAGAUACUUCUGCAAUUAGAAAACAUGUCCUGGAAUACAAUGAUAUGAGAGACGACUUUGAACUGCUUUAAUAUCAGCUUUUGUAUCAUCAAAAAAAAAUUAUUUUUUCUAACUCUAUCACUUAAGGCUUGAAAAAAUCUUCUUUAUCCGGCUUUAUCUUUUUAUGAAUAAAAACU